AUGAAUUUAUCAUCCAAGCAAUUCACUGUUAUUUGUUUCAUUUGCUUGUUAGUUUGAUGAGAUCCAAUUACAGUUUGCAUCAAGAAUUCGAUCUUCCAUGCAACUUGCAUGGGUAUAAACGCAGCUUCGGUCUUGAACCAUAUCAUCAAUGGCGAACCCACCACCCCUUGCAGCUCCAAAGGGGCAACAUCUUCACAAGCGAAAGCCUUAACCACCACAAUAAUCAACCAUCUUCGUUUGGGUCGACUUGGAAAAGCUGUCUCUGUUUUGUUCUCAGCUCCAGUUCCUGUCCAUUUUGCUCUCUAUGCUCAUCUCUUCAGAAUCUGUGCAUCAAACAAGGCCAUUGUUGAAGUCCGUAAAGUCGAGUCGCAUUUGGUUAGUUUUGCACCAACCCCACCUGUAUUCUUGCUUAAUCGAGCUAUUGAAGCUUAUGGUAAAUGCGGGUGUUUGGUUGAUGCAAGAGAGCUGUUUGAUGAAAUGCCUAAAAGAGAUGGUGGGUCUUGGAAUGCUAUGGUUACUGCUUAUUCACAAAAUGGGUAUGCUGGGAAGGCGUUGGGUCUGUUUUCUGAUAUGCAUAAGUCUGGGGUUUUUGCUGCUGAGGUUACUUUUGCGGGUGUUCUUGCUUCCUGUGCUUCUACCUUGGCGCUUUGGCUUUCUAGACAGGUGCAUGCCCUUGUUUUGAAAUAUGGUUUUGGUGGUAAUGUGAUUUUAGGGAGUUCGCUUGUGGAUGUGUAUGGGAAGUGUAGGAGAAUGGGGGAUGCACGGAGAAUGUUUGAUCAAAUUGAGAGGCCAAAUGCUGUUACUUGGAAUGUGAUUGUUAGGAGGUAUCUUGAGAUGGGUAAUGGAAAAGAGACUGUUUUUCUGUUUUUCAAAAUGAUUUGUCUUAAUGCGAGGCCGCUGACAUUUACAGUCUCAAAUGCUCUAGUUGCUUGUUCUAGUUUUAGAGGAUUUCGUGAAGGAAUUCAAAUUCAUGGAUUAAUUAUCAAGAUUAAUUUUGAAGAGGACGAGGUGGUCUCGUGCUCUCUAAUUGAUGUGUAUGCCAAAUGUGGGGAUUUAGUGUGUGCUCGAACAAUUUUUGACCUGUUAUCCACUAAAAACUUGAUUCAUUGGACUUCUAUGGUGUCAGGAUAUGCCAUGAGCGGGAAAACCAGGCUAGCAAGGGAGAUUUUUGAUAGGAUGCCUGAACGCAGUGUAGUUUCAUGGAAUGCAAUGCUAGCAGGAUAUGCACAUAAUUCACAAUGGGAUGAAGCAAUGGAGUUAAUCAAUUUAAUGUGCAAUAAUAUGAGGGACACUGAUCGUGUGACUGUAAGUUUGAUCCUGAAUGUUUCUGCAGGGCUCUCAGAUCUUGAAUUGGGGAAGCAGGUUCAUGGAUACAUGUAUAGGCACGGUUUCUACUCCGACUUGAGUGUUGCUAAUGCGCUUCUUGAUAUGUAUGGGAAAUGUGGGAACUUGAGAAAGGCUAGAGCAUGGUUUUACGAAAUGAGUUAUUUCCGAGAUAUGGUUUCUUGGAAUGCUUUGUUGAGUAGCUAUGCUCGUCAUAAGAUGAGUGAAGAAGCUUUAGUAAUUUUCUGGGAAAUGCAACAAGAGGUGACACCUAGUAAAUUCACUUUCGCUACUCUCUUGGCAGUUUGUGCAAAUAUUUUUGCUUGUGAACAAGGUAAACAAAUCCAUGGGUUUUUGAUUAGAAAUGGUUAUGAUUUGGACAUCGUUAUCAGAGGAGCUUUGGUUGAUAUGUAUUCCAAAUGUCGUUUACUUGAGUAUGCACUGAAUGUUUUCAUUGGGACUUCUGUGAAAGAUGUUGUUCUCUGGAAUUCUCUGAUGCUUGGAUGUUAUUAUAACAAAAAAAGUGAAGCAAUAUUAAAAUUGUUUGAGUUGAUGAAGGAGGAUGGAGUGAAGCCAGAUAGUACAACCUUCCAAGCUGUACUGCUUGCAUGUAUUUCUCAGGGUUGUGUGAAAAUGGGUAGACAGUAUUUCAAUUCACUGAGUCAAGAUUAUUUUAUUAUACCACAAUUGGAGCAUUACGAAUCCAUGAUAAAGCUAUAUGGUCUGCAUGGAUUCUUUGAUGAGCUUGAAGAUUUUGUUGAGAAGAUGCCAUUUCAACCCACAGCCCCUAUGUUAGCAAGAGUUUUUGACUCUUCCAAAGAAUACAAUAACACAAGGUUAGGAAAAUGGGCUGUCAGACAUCUUAAUUUUCUGAAGGACUGAAAUUUUUUAUUCCGUGCUGUUUCAAAGUUUCGGACAAGCUAAUUUGUUACAAGGUUGGCUAAAGCAACUGUCACUAUAAUAUGUGGACACAAGCCUGCUUGUGGACUUUGGAACUUUUUUAGUGUGCCAAAUUGCUGAAUAUUGCUCUGACACAAAAUAUUUUACCAGAGCCAAAUACUGCAGAGAAGUAGAUCUCCCGAAAGUGCUUGAACUUAUGAAUACAUACAUAAUUCGAGCACACCAAUUUUUUGAACUGUAACGCAAAGAAGUUGAUGUUUAGGUGGCCGCUACAUAACUCCUUGUGUUAUAAAAGAUGAUCAUUUGUGGUGGCUUUGACAUUUUCUACAAUGAAGUGGCUGCACUCAGUCAUAACUUGAUUGGUCUCUAACAGAUAAAUAGGGAGCAGAUCUUCCUUCUCCUGGUAUCCAUCCGGGCAGAAGCUGAUCGUGACCAGUGAAGAAAGGAAAGCUAUUAAUCAAACAAUAGAUUGAGGUUCUGACAAAGUUGCUUCAGACACAUCAGGCUUUUCACCUGAGCAUGGUAGAGCGAUCAUGGGUGAAGAAGUUGGUUCUUGAUUAAGACGUGAUAUAAGUUGUGUGUGUGAAAGAGCCAUUGUAUGUGGAUUGUACUCUAGUUGCUACCAUCAAGCCAGGUAACAUGACUAGUCAGACAGAUGGGUGAAAAAUGUGAUACUGGAUUGGGAUAAGCUGAGUUGAGGAUUUUCACAGAGUGAGUCUAGUUCUAGGUCAUUUCGGAUGGUAAAGAAGAGCAAAUGCUAGGGAUCCUGGAACUACAAAUCUGCUAGAGGUAUUAAUGUUGGAUUGGUGAAGGCCUAAGCCCCUAAAGGGUGGCUUUGCUUGGUGAUUGUGACUAGCGAUACAAAAUGAAAAUGAUGGAAGAAUACGCCAUAUGAUCUUUGGAUUCGGGUUGUUGCACUUAAACUUGUGUAAAAGUUGAAUAAAUACACACACAUAUUCUACAUCACAUAAUAUGUACAGGACAUUGCCGUGUAGAAUGUAUUUUUAACACAUA